UUGUAAGAUUUAUAGUAAAAAGUAUUAUAACGAUGGAAUUCGUAAUCGAAUAAUGGUAAUAACAUUACAAUGGAAAAAAUAUUGAGUUGGUAGAACUACGUGGGAUAUUUGGUCUCGAAAGCGGAACGGAGAAGUGUGUAUAGCUCGCUCGCACUUCCGUUACGUUUUAAUUUGUCUAUGGCCAUGUGGAGUGUCCGUGUGUUUUGUUGUGCAUGUGAUUGAGCGUAUGUGUGUGCGUUUCAUUCGACGUCGUCGUCGUCGUCGCCGUGGUUUCUUUGCAGUUUUGACGUACAGGGAAUAAAAAUAAGAAAAAAGGAAUAAAAAGAUAAGAAAUAGAGAAACUUGGACGACGACGACGAGAUAAAAGAAAACGAAAAAAAGAUAAUCGAAAACGUAUCAGAGAGAAAAGAGAGAACUAUGAUCGUUUACGAGAGUGAAUAGAGAGUGAUAUUGCGCGAGUGUUGUGAUCCUCGGAGGGCCACUUUGGAAUGUAAGUGUAGAUGAGGAAUCCAGGAUAGUCCCGCCGUUUUCGGUAUCAUGUCAGAUGGUGUUGACGGCGGUGGUGGGGAAAACGAGGUUGACUCCCAUUCCUCUACUCGUGCAGCGCCGGGAGAUUCUUCCAACAACAGGGAGGAUGAGUCCCUUGAUCCAGACAAUGAAUCCGCCCUAAACACUAAUUAUGACAGCGGCGACGGCGCUGUUCCAGUCUUCAGAUGUGAUCGCUGUGACAAUUACGAGACAAUAAAUAAGACAGCAUUUUGUGCGCAUCAAGAUCAAUGUCUCGCCAGUGGAGAACCUGGAGAAAGCAACGAAGGCGCUGAAGGAACAGAGAAUGAUGGCGACGCCGAAGAAGGACAACACUCCAGUCACAGAUCACAUAGAAAGAUGUUUGAGUGCGACGUUUGUAACAUGAAAUUCUCCAAUGGGGCUAACAUGAGGAGACACAAAAUGCGGCAUACGGGAGUUAAACCAUACGAAUGUCGAGUGUGUCAAAAAAGAUUUUUCCGGAAGGAUCACUUGGCAGAACAUUUCACAACGCAUUCAAAAACAUUGCCUUAUCAUUGUCCAAUAUGUAACCGAGGUUUUCAAAGGCAAAUCGCAAUGAGAGCUCACUUUCAGAACGAACACGUUGGUCAGCAUGACAUGGUUAAGUCGUGCCCGUUGUGCAAUUAUCGUGCACCAACCAUGAAGUGUCUCAGGUUACAUUUUUUCAACAGACACGGUAUCGAUUUGGAUAACCCAGGACCAAAUAGCUCGACAUCAAUAAUGAAUAGUUGUUCGCCCGGGGAGGCGAUGCCGUCGGCUCCAUUAUCAGACAGCGGUGACAGUACGGGAAACAGAUCGGCCGAUAAUGCAACCCCCCCGAUGCACUUUCUCACGCCUCACGUCGAAAUUUCGAUCCCAUAUCCUGAACAAGCGGCUGGCCAACGUGAUCAGAGUCCUGCACCGUUAAACGGUGACAGUCCCAAUAGUCCUCAGAGCGCCGACAGCAAUAGUAAUGCGCCGAGCAGCAGUCACCAUCAGUUGUCGAUCAAUAGUACCGCAAUUCAUCGGAACGUGGGUGGGAACGAGGAGGCGAUAACGCCGUCGAUAUCGCUAAUCCCGAUAAAACAAGAACCGAAUAGCAACGGAAUGGAGGAGAGUGGAGCAACUUCGAGCAACUUGUCGCCCCUUCCGUCUCUGAUAAAAGUCUCACCUCUAAAAUCGUUACUGCGCGACGAUUUGCGUCGUAAAUUGACCACGAGUAACAACAAUAGUCACAGCAUUGUGAACAAUAUUGGUAACAGUAUGAAUAAUCUUACGAACGGCGGUACCCUGCAUUCUAGGGGCGAACCACCGACAUCGACGAGGCCGGAUCCUCGAACCAGUGGAUUACAGUGUACGCACUGCAGAAUUACUUUUCCCGAUCAAACACUUUAUUUCUUGCACAAAGGUUGUCACAGUGACAGCAAUCCUUGGAAAUGCAAUAUUUGUGGUGAACAAUGUUGCAAUCUUUAUCAAUUUAAUUCGCAUUUACUCAGCAAAAGUCAUCAGUAAUUAUAUACCUGAAAUUACGAGGGAGAAAUGAAUUCAUCCAUUUUUUAACAGUUGAAAACUUGAAGUUUGUUCCAUAUGUUUGACGAACUACAAAAAAUAUCAAAUGUCUCCGUUUUUUUGUCAAGGUAGAAAACAAUGAAAACUAGGAGAUUUAAAAAUAUAGGCAAAUUUCAGAAUUUCCGAUAAACGUUUGUUCAGUCAAUUCGGCUGCAAUUUUGACAAAUUUGAAUAUUCGCUCAAACACGUAAAAAAAAAAUGUAUUAGCUUAUGAUAAUAAGAAUAUUUUUUUAUUGCUCGACAUUUCAUUUUCAUAAUUUCUUAUGACUUUUGAAAACUAUAAACAUCCAUUGAACCAUUGAAAUGGUCCAACCAGUUCGUGACAAAAAUCGCAAGAGAAAUGAUGAAUAUUGAUUGAGAAUUAAUUGAAAUGAAAAAAAAAGAAAAUGAAUGAGAGUGCCUAUAAUCGGGAAAAAUGUAAAAAAAUUUAUGGGACACCUCGUGCCUUUACAAAUGAAGGAAAAAAGUAACGAAAAACAAAAAUUGUUAAGAGAUAACAAUUUAGAAAAAGUGGAAGAAAAAAUAUUCCGUUGAUUCUUUUUGUUUUAUGGCAAUUCUUAAAUAUCAUGAAAAUAUAAAAAAAAAGGAAAUAACGAAGAAGAACUCUAAGAAGGAAAUUAAGUAAAAAGUAAUACAUAUAUAUAUAUAUAUUUUGCCAACACUCACUCGUCCAUCGUGCUGUCACCACACGAACGAUCCGUCCAGUAGGGCUUCACUGAAUUAUUCCGAGCUCUAUUAACGUUUAGUCUUUAAACCAGUCGGUAGACGAGAGAAAAAAAAUGAUAAAAACAGAAGAAAUUAAUAUAAAAAGAGAGAAAAGGUAAAAGCAAUGUUGAAAAAGACUAUUGUGAAACAAUUAUGAAGAAAAAAGACAGAAACGAAAGAAAAGAGAUGGCUUUGAAGAAUAUUUAGGAGGAAAGAGUCUAGAAAUUUUGCAAGUAACAGAAAACCAUGAAAUUCGUACGUGAAAAUAAAAAGAAACGUCCCAAACAAGGUAGCUAUGAGACACUGUGAAUGAUUUUUUUUUUUCUUCUCUUUUCGACAAUAUAACGGUUGAGUUUUUUCAUAGUAAAUUGAAGUGUGAUUGAGGAAGACAGGGACGAGGAUAGAUUGUUCAAAGAUUGAACGAAAAAUACACAAAGAAAUUCGUUUCUCAAGAUUGGCGUGGAGAUCUUUUUGGAAUUCAUACAAAGUAUGUUUAUAACAAUGAAUUGGAAUGCUGCAAUGGUAAUCGUAAUGAAAUGGCAACGUUCAAUUAAAUAUUAAUAUUAUUGGAUAGAUCAUUGGUUAAAAAUAUGGAUGGUAUUGAAUUUAAGUAAUAUUCAAAUUAAUAACGUCUUAGUUUUAAAAAAAAUGGAACAUUCAGUAAUGUUUAUCAGAAAUAAUGCAUUAAACUAUCGUCCCUGUCGCCUGGCCAGAAGUGCUUGAAGCUGUUACCGUCGUGUACCUUUUGCGAUCACAUAAAACGUACCAUGUAGGCUCGAGAUAAUCGAAUCAUCCUUAAAACGAAAUCCCUUGUCCCUUAGAAUGAAAAAAAAGAAAAUAAACUGGGCUAUUCGUAUAGGGAUUUGUGUGGAGAAAGUAAUAAAAAAAAAAAAAACAAGGAUGCAGAACGGGAAGAAGACCAAAACUAGAAAUGGUACGUUGGAUCGCGUCGUGCAGAGUCGAAAAUUUCUGCAUUUCGCCUCUGCAAUUAAUAUUUUAUAUAUAAAUAUUUGUACAAAAGAGUAUUAGGGGAAGAGCGAGAGAGAGGGAAAGAAAGAAAGAGAGAGAGAGAGAGCAAGAGAAUAAGCUAGAAAGAGAGAAAGAGAGCCGGAUAAAAAGAAUUUAAACAGAAUAUAUAUGUGUAUAUAUAUGCUAUACAUAUAUUUUACACGGAAGAAAAAAUAUAUAUAUAAAAAAUAUGCACUUACACAAUUCACUUAUUCAUUUUUGCAAAUUAAUCCAAUUCUCUAUCUCUCUCUUCGCAUAUACACAUUUGAUCGCUUCACGAAGAAAGGACACUUAAACACUUACACACACGUACACAAGUAAAAAAAUAAUGCUGUAAAUGGUUGUAGUUAUUUAAUAACUAUUCUGUAUAUGGAGGUUAUAUUUAAUAUUAUUACAAUUUAUUUAUUAAUUCAUAAGUAAUUUAUUGCUUUGCAUUCCAAGAAAAAGAUGAAAUAAUAGUAGUGAUAAUGAUAAUAAUAACAAUACGGAAAUAAUGAAAAAUCGUAAUAAUGGAAUGACCCGAAAUGGUUUUUGAAUUCAUACAAGCGGAUCGUAACUCCGAUCGGGAGCUUUAAACAAUUAGUUUUUGUUGUUUUUUUUCGUUAUUAAUUGUCUCACAAAAAAUAUGUCGACAAUAUCGAAGAUUGAUCGCAAAUGAACAGGAAAGUAACGUGGAUCCGCAGUUUUGUGGUCGAAGUUGAGACUCGCACAAAACCGCAGCUUCGGUAACGACGAAUAACUUUAUUCGCAUUACACACCUUUGUAUUGGAACUCGAACGACUAUUGUCUGAAAUAAGAAACAACAGAACUCGUGAUUUUUAUUGCGAUGAGAGUUUUUUAAAAUUAGUUUUUUUUUGUUUCGUUUUACGUUUCAAUGAACUUUCAAAGGAACAUCACUACGGUUAGCUCGUUAAUAGCGCAUAAUUAAUAUGCAUAAUUACGUACAGUGCGUAAAAAAUGUUUAUUAAAUUGUUGCAAAAUAUUUUAAAAUGAUGAAAAAUGAAAAAACACAAAACGAAACGAAUUUCACGAAUAAACUUUGACAUUGAGGGAAACGAUAAACUUUUAGACACCUUUUACAAUAACGAGCGCACGUGUUCAUCAUAUUUUUGUUAUCGAAUGUAAGAAUAAUCGAUUAUGUAUAAAUGAAUAUACACCCACACACGUGAAUAUAUUUACAGCUUUAGUCAAAAGUAUCAGGCGCCGUUUAGAAAACCUCGAUACGAUUGUGUUAUAUUGGGACAGAAAAUUUCUCAAAAAUUGUGCCUGAUAACAAAUUCCAAACUGUGCAUUCUCUCAGACUCCCAUGAAUUCGAGUCAAACGAAUGACGAAUAUUUCGAAUAGCAAAGCUUUAGUUUCUAUUACAUUUGAAAGUGGUUUUUUAAAUCUGUCACUAUUUCACCAAUGCGGUAAAUAAUUGUCUCACGAUUUUCAAAAUUUUUGUUUCAUCAAGUGGUGUACAAUUUUCUUUUGCCUAACAAUGUCUGUGAGGUCUUGGAAUCAGUUUCUCAGACUCUUCAAGGCUUUUUAACACAUUUCUAGGGACUGAGAUUUCGAUAGAAUGAUAACAGCAUUGCUUUGAAUAUUUGUAAUUAGUCCUUCCAAAAAGAUUGUCUGCUUAUUUGGGGUUAUUGUCCUGCGUGUGCAUUUAUGUAUACGAAAAGUUGAUACCAAACGUUAGAAGCGAUACUGAAAUUCGGUGAAUAAUGAAAACUGUAAAGGUGCCCAAUACUUUUGGUCAAUCCUGUAAUCAUUACGAUGGAAUAGAAAAAAAAAACGAACAGUUCUUAGAGACUCCACGAGUUUAUCAAGUGCCUGAUUGGGAAGAACAUUUGUACACGUCGAAUAAAUCGAAAAGGAAUGAAAAAUAAAAAAAAUGCGAAAAACCGUUUCACAGAAGAAAUUUUGACGCUGGACCAAGUUUAAGCUGUUAAAAAUAGUCAAUUCGCGGACUCGUUUAUCCAUUGUAAAAUCAACGCAGCAUCCAAAAUUGAAAAGCAACCUCGAAAUUGUAUUUGCGAAGUCAUAUGUAUUUGUAAAAUUUUUCAAUUAAGCUAUUAUGAGAACAUAAAAUUGAGAGUGAGGAUGAAAGAUCGCAAUAAAUGGACCAGACGAAAGCUCGAAUUGAGGCAAAACUUUGGGGCUAGGGUAGAUGCGCUUUAUACUGUGAUCACCUUUACAAAGAAGAAAUAAUGAGAAAAAAACUUUAAAAUAAAAUAAAAGAAUAGUCUUAACUUUAGAGGAUAUAUCGAAGAAAGCGAAGCUUUCCUCCCCUGAGAAUACGAAAAUAUGAUGAAUACAAAAAAAAGUGUAAAGAAAACCAAAAAAAAAAAGAAAUUUGAAAAACCUUCGAGAAGUCAUAUAUAAAGAAAAAAGACGUAAUGAAUAAAUGGAAACAAGCCUUAGGUGCACGCCCCGCCCACUUAUUUAUACAAUAUAAGAGUAAAACUAUAUAUUUAAAUGUAUAAGAACGAAAAACAAAUUAUUGUUGAUGUUACUAUGGUGUAAUGGGUACAAGAUAAAUACAGACAAAUUAUGUAUAUAAUA